GCGGCUUUGCGACAAGCCGUAAGUGAAGGAGCUUGCGUCGCCGGCGGAGCGACGCUGGAAGGAGGAGGAAGGAGGAGAAGCGGCGACGGGGGCUUUGCCCACUGGCCAGUUUGAGCUGCGAGAUGAGGCCACAGCAGCCGCCUGUUGCCAGCAAAGUCUUCAUCCAAAGGGACUACAGCAGUGGCACGAAGUGCCAGUUCCAGACCAAAUUCCCUCCAGAGUUGGAAAACCGGAUUGACAGGCAGCAGUUUGAAGAAACCGUACGGACCCUGAAUAACCUCUAUGCUGAAGCCGAGAAACUUGGGAGCCAGUCCUAUCUGGAAGGCUGUUUGGCUUGCUUGACUGCCUACACUAUAUUUCUGUGCAUGGAGACACAUUAUGAGAAGGUUCUAAAGAAAAUUGCCAAAUACAUUCAGGAGCAAAACGAGAAGAUCUACGCUCCGCAAGGCCUCCUCUUGACUGACCCCAUUGAGCGGGGACUAAGAGUUGUUGAAAUUACCAUUUAUGAAGACAGAGGUGUGAGCAGUGGAAGAUAAACCUUUCGAUGUCGAAGGGACCAGCGAACUGGUUUCCACUCGUUUGCUUUCUUCUGUCCUCCUAACACCCUUUUCCUCUGCUUUCCUGAACUCCACAGUGCCAUUUACACAAGGACUAACUUUUCAGACUCCUGUUCUUUCGUGGGGGGAAGCCCAGCCCAGGUGGGCAGCAUCCACCUUGCUUUGUUCUAUUGGAAGCCCCAGUGGCAGGCAGAAGACCAACUGGGAAUGACCUCAAGGCAGUGGGAACUCUCUCGGCGGACUCGAGGCUUCAAUCAGCUUCUGGAGAAGAAAGCAACCGUGUGUUGCAUUUCCGAAAAUGAGACCCGUCUUUAUGAAGUGCAACCUCCUGAUUUGCCAAGAAGGGACGCACGCCUCCAUAUUUCCUGACCAACUCCGCUAAGAAAUGGGGAAAGGGGGGUGGGGGUAUUUUUACAUACAGCUGACGUAUUUUGGGAUAUUUCAUGAGAAGCAGCCGUCAGCCGUGUGUUUAAAAACAUGCGGAAAAUGCGGCAGCCCAAAAUACGCCGUGUUAGCCAAAGUGUCACUUCUCGGCUCUCCUCCCCCACCCCCCUUAAAUGUUGAAUAUGUAAAUGUAGGUAAUGAAUAUGGUUUUGGGGUUUUCUAGAUGUUUUAGUUUAGGGCCAAACAGGUUUUAGGACAACCUAGAAACGGUGUUUGCUGCGUCAGCUAUUUCUCCUUUCCCAGAUGUCGUCUCUGCAGUACUUCUACUCGUGCUCGACAUUCCAUCGCGAUGCUUAGAAAAAUACCUGGAACAUUUUAACCCCUGUAUCACAAAAAAAAUCAAAGAUUCUUUGUUCCGUCCCCCCCUGUUCUUGCAAAUGUGGGUUACUCUGUGUAUCUCUUUGAUUCUAAAAUGGCAAAGUAAUUCUGCUGUAGGGAAGUUUGCUAUUCUCUCGUGACCAGGUAUUAAAGGAAUUUGCCAAACAAGACCAGUUUUAAAACUGGUGGCAUAGUUUGUUCGUUUGUUUAUUUCCUUUUCAGCAAUAGAAGAGACGCCAGUAGUGGAUCAAGGUUUUUCAGGUGUAUAAUGUCCCUCAGUCCCUUUUUCUUCCUUGUUUUCUUUAUCCUGUUUAAAAGUUCGAUAUUUGAAAUAUAUAUAUAUAUAUAUAGACACUUGUGAGUUGUUUUUUCUAAUCUGUAACAGUAUUUUGCCUUUUGCACCCGUUAACAAUUGACUUUGGGAAAUAAUGGCUUAGUAACCUUUUUUUCUUAAAUAAAUGGUCAUUUGCUACCA